AUGCACUUCCUAUUGGGCUGCAACCACCCCAGUUUCACCCUCCCCUGGAGGAGCCUCCUUGUUUAUCUUGUGGCUCUGCAACUCCUCCAUCUGGAAUCAGGUCCCCAUAUUAACACAGCCACCAUCUCACCAUCUCAUUGCUCAGACCAGCUCAGGGUGGUGGCACUGAGCCUCCGUGUCACUGCCAACGAGGGACAGGAUGUUGUGCUGCGCUACCAGUUGUUCUCUUGCAAGGAUGCUCAGAGAUCAGACAUCAGAUGGAUCCAGCACCGGUCCUCUGGGCUUGUGCCCCACUACCAAAAUGGAGUGUGCCUGCAACAGAUGGUGGAAUGUAAAGGGAGGACAGAACCACUCAGGAAUUGUCUCUCUGAUGGAAACCUGGAUUUGCGCAUCACUGCAGUGAGCUCCUCUGAUAGCAGCUCAUAUAUCUGCGCUGUGCAAGAUGGUGAUGGCUAUGCGGACGCUGUGGUGAACCUGGAGGUGUCAGAUCUCUUUUCCCAAAUUGUGCAUCCCUGGAAGGUGGCUCUGGCUGUGAUCAUCACACUUCUGGUUGGUUCAUCUGUUGUCAUUGUUUUUCUCUAUAGAAAGCGAAGAGAGCUGAGAGUGGAGGGGAUGAAGUGCAGGGAGGUGUUGUGCAGCAACAGGGAUGGUCGAGGUGGUGCUGAGUUCUGGUCCAUGGAGAAAGAAAAGAUGAAUGCUGGGUAA